GAGAACGCAAUUUCAAUCAUAUAACCGGUACCGGAGUUACUACCACACCGUCUCCGAUAUCUUCAUCGGAAACUUUCUCUCUCUACUGAUAUUAUUCUCGGGUAGAUGGCAGAUAAAGAAGGGGAGGAAACUGUCCCUCGAGGAGCUGACUGGGAGGUUGUAUCGCUAACAGCAUCAACUUAUGCUGCUGCUCCUGGUCCAGAUAUGGGAGAAAAGCCUAAAGGUGGCGAAAAGGGUGAUGUAGUUGACACAAAUAAAAGUGAAACUUCGAAUGCCUUGUUCAUGUCCGGUCAUUUUGUCUUCCCGCCAAGUCAGCAUGAGAAUUUACCCCUAGAACCUGAAAAUACAGAGAUCCUUGACGAGCAGGGAGGAGAAGGUGAAGUUUCAGAGUCUAUUAAGGAGGAAGGGGAAAAAUCAAAUGAUAAGGAUGAAGAUAAUUGGAAUAUUGGGAAAUUAACAGAGUCGGAUGAUUUUCCUGCAAUUCCAUUUUUUGAUGAGAAAGGCAACAGAUUGAGCAUUAGCGAUACGGACUUUGCAGAUAGAACAACUUUGGCAGGAAAAGAACAGAGCAUUUAUGAUUCUGCUAAGUUGCAUUCAUUUCAGAAUCAACCAAUUAUGGGCGAGGCUAUCAUAGAUGAUGAAGAAUCUUCUGACUCAACCUUGAGUUCAGAUGUUUCAAACUUCCCCAAACAUACGGAGGAGGAUAACUAUAAUGGAUCUGGCCUUCCGUAUGCAGCAUGGUGGAAGAAACAAGCUGCUUCUUUGUAUGCUCAUGCAAAAGAAGCCAAUACGUUUUGGUCGAUUUUUAUUGCUGCUGCAGUGAUGGGCUUUGUGAUUCUUGGCCAGCAAUUUCAACAAGAAAGAUGGCAAGUUUUGCAUCAUAAGUGGCAUUCUGGGGUGUAUGAUGAGAAAUUUGGGAGGUUGGUGAGCCCUUUAUCCCGAUUCAAAGAUGCGAUCGUAGGUGGCAACCGACGAGGGUUCAGCAUUAGAGGCAGCACCUCGGGGGAUCGUUAGGGAGGUGGUGAUGGUGGCGGCGAUGAUGACGAAAAUAGAAUGUGGCUUUUGUGGAUAUCAGCAGCGGUAGCAGUAGCAGUAGCAGCUUGUGUUAACUUUGACCUAUUUAUAGAAAGAAAAACAAAACCAAAGAAACUGCUGCUUGCUCUGCUUGUUUAUGUCGUAUUUUUAAUGCUUUUCUGGGUCCUCUCUUGUUUUUUUUUUCAAUGUGUAAAGAUUUGAUAAACAUUAUAAUUUGUUUGUUUGCUUGGUUGGUUGGUCAUCAAUUCGAUAAUAAGUACAUAAUAUAAUAUUUAUAUA